AUGACAUGUGAUAGACGAAAUACUCUAUUUGCUCCUGUAAAUACAUUAAAUAUAACGACAAACGAUCGAAUACGACGAUAUUCAAUACAUGAUAAACAAGAUCUUGAAACAAUUUAUGAGAUUGAUGAAAAUACAACAGUAAUUGAAGCACUUAAUCAAUUUGUUAAAUAUCGUAUAUCAGCAUUACCUAUUGUUGAUAGUCAACGAAAAUUAGUGAACAUUUAUUCAAAAUUUGAUGUUAUUGGUUUAGCAGCUGACAAAACAUAUACAAAUUUAAAUAUGACAAUUAAAGAAGCAUUAGCUUAUCGUAAAGAACGUCUUGAAACUGUUGCUAAAUGUUAUAAAAAUGAAACAUUAGCAAUAUGUAUGGAACGUAUUGUUAAAGCUGAAGUACAUCGUUUAGUUGUUGUUGAUAAUGAUGAACAUGUUAUUGGUGUACUUUCAUUAUCAGAUUUACUUAAUUAUAUUGUUAUACGUCCAACAAAAAUUCAACCUUUAGUAUCACCACUUCCACAAACAACAAUAACACAUCUUGUACCAACAAUAAAUGUAUUUACUGAAGAUGAUCCAGUAGUAGAAGAAGAAGAAGAAGAAGAAGAUGAAAACAUAAAUGGAAAAGCAAUAGAAAAAAAGACAAAUUAA